AUGCUUGAUGUUACUGUUGUUGAUAAUGAUGAUGACGAUGACGAUGAUGAUGAUGACGAUGACGAUGAUGAUGAUGAUGAUGACGAUGAUGAUGAUGAUGAUGAUGAUGAUGAUGAUGAUGAUGAUGAUAAUGGUAGUGGUGAUGAUGAUCGGUUGGUCGAUGAAAAACGUACUUAUACGUUACGAAGUUUCGAUGAUAAAUCUCGCUCUCAGUUACUUGAAGUAUUUUCUUCAUAA